AUGGACCCCGGUAGUCGGCUGUUCCAGAUGGCGUGCCACGAGGCGCUCGAGUCGGCAGGCUACUCAUGCGGCACAACCAAAGCGGUAGAUCCGAGCCGAAUCUCCGUUCUCUUCGGCCAGAGCAAUGUGGACGGAUAUGAGACGGCACACCAUGAGAAGGGCUGCGACGCAUACACACUACAAGCCCUCGCGCGACCCUUUGCGGGUGGCCGUGUCGCCUUCCACUAUGGAUGGGAGGGCGCGACAUAUUCUAUCGACCAGGCUUGCUCAACCUCACUGUCGCUAAUCCACCUGGCUUGCCGAGGUCUGUUGGCGGGCGACCACGACAUGGUGGUUGCCGGCGCCGCCAACGUGCUGGCCUCGCCACAUGGGUGGUGCCUCCUAAGCAAGGCCGGCGUUCUUUCGGACACCGGAAAUUGUCGAACCUUCCGGGAUGACGCUCAGGGGUACUGCCGCGGCGAGUUUGUUGGUGUUGUGGUGCUGAAGCGUCUUGUUGACGCCAUCGCCCAUAAUGAUCGUAUCCUCUCCGUCAUCCCCGGCUAA